AUGGGUGCGCAACUUAGAGAUGCUGAGUUGAUGGGAGAAAACAUCAUUGGCAUUUACCUCUCAGAAGAGCCGAUGUGCGAUUCCACUCAGCCAGUGGAAGAUGAUGAGCCGAGGCUACGGCGCUUUAUCUAUGAUGGAGAAAAUAUUCAACAACCUCAAUUGAUCGGUAGCGGGAUACACGGCGUGGUGGUCCUGAUAGCCAUCAAAGGAGCUGAAUAUGUUUUGAAAAUUUUCAGGCAUUGGAAGCAACCCGGUCCUGUCUUUUAUGACUAUGAUAGUGCCCUCCUUAUCUCACCACUUGCGUGUGAAAGCAGAGCUUUUGCUCGACUGCACUCACUCAACGAAAAUGGAACUUGGGCUGCGCGGUGCUACGGAUGGAUGACACUGUCCGAUACUCAAUUUGGAUGCUUGAAAAUGUUGUUGACACUAAUGAUCUGA